AUGAACUGGCAUACAAAUUUAGUGCUCCUAGUAACACUGGUUGUAGGACACAUUUUUACUGCUGCAGCUCAAAAUGCCUCCGGCUCUGUGACAACUUGUUUGGUCUCGCAAUACUUAGACGAUAGUACUGGCGAGUGCGUCAACUACAAGGAUCAAGGUGAAAAGGCUCAGGCCGACUACGGCCAAGCGGUGAACUCAGGAAAUACGGCAUGGUUACUUACGGCCAGUGCCAUGGUCAUGAUCAUGACACCGGGAGUUGCUUUCUUCUACGCUGGUCUUGCUGGUGAGAAAAUGGCAUCCAACACUAUCUUAAUGUCAUUUGUCAGCAUGGCCUUAGUGUCAAUUCAAUUUUGGGCUUUUGGAUACUCAGUGGCAUUCGGAUCUAAUGGUAUGUUCGAGUGGGCUGCUUACAACAAUGUGGGAAAAACCCCGAGCGGCACCGCUCAGCUUCUUGAAACAUACAAGGUGGAAUGA